AUGGCUCUCAAAGACUUCCUGAUUCAGACCGGUUUCACCAACUCUCUCUCCGACACCUCUCUCUUCAUAUACUGUCGAGACUCAGUAUUGCUCUGUGUCCUUGUCUAUGUUGACAAUAUCAUUGUGUUAGGAAAUCGACCGGAGCUCGUUAUUAGUGUGGAGAAAUCUCUUGGUACUCGCUUCUUUAUCAAGGAUCUGUGUGAUAUACAGUACUUCCUUGGCAUUGAAGUCACACGUACCUCACAUGGUCUGCACCUUAUGCAACGCAAAUACAUUGUUGACCUUCUCACGAAGACACAUAUGUUAGAUGCUAAGCCGAUCACAACUCCGAUGGCAACGAGUCCCAAGCUCACUCUCCAUUCCGGGAAACCUCUUGACAGUGCUAAGGAGUAUCGUAUGGUGGUUGGGAGCUUACAAUACCUUGCCUUCACUCGCCCGGAUAUAACGUUUUCCGUCAACAAGUUGUCUCUCUACAUGCACUCUCCCAUGGAAGAUCAUUGGCAAGCUGCAAAACGGGUCUUUUGGUAUCUUGCUGGUAUGCUCACACAUGGAAUCUUCCUCAACUCCAGCAGUACUUUAACUAUCCAUGGAUUUUAUGAUGCCGAUUGGGUUGGUGAUGUUGAUGACUACAACUCCACCAAUGCGUUUAUCGUUUAUCUUGGCAAGAAUCCUAUCUCUUGGUCAUCGAAGAAGCUUAAAGGAGUUGCACGCUCCUCCACUGAAGUUGAUUAUCGUGAUGUGGCAAACACCGCUGCUGAGAUUAGGUGGAUCUGUUCGUUACUCACAGAGCUUGGUCUCUUUGUUCGUCACCCUCCAACUGUGUAUUUUGAUAAUGUGGGAGCUACAUACCUAUGUGCUAAUCUUGUCUUCCAUUCUAGGAUGAAACACAUUGCUCUUGAUUAUCACUUCGUCCGCGAGCAAAUCCAGUCCGGUAUACUUCGUGUCUCACAUGUCUCUACUCAUGAUCAGCUCGCCGACAUGCUCACCAAACCCCUGCCACGUUCACACUUCCAAACUUCAUGGAACAAACUCGGAGUCAUUCCCCUGCCUCCUUCUUGA